AUGUCACUACCAAUUGCCACCGCCGUGCCUCACAUUGCCACCACCAUGCCUCACAUUGCCACCACCAUGCCUCACAUUGCCACCACCGUGCCUCACAUUGCAACCACCGUGACUCACAUUGCCACCACCGUGCCUCACAUUGCUACCACCGUGCCUCACAUUGCCACCACCAUGCCUCACAUUGCCACCACCGUGCCUAACAUUGCCACCACCGUGCCUCGCAUUGCCACCACCAUGCCUCACAUUGCCACCGCCGUGCCUCAAAUUGCCACCACCAUGCCUCACAUUGCCACCACCAUGCCUCACAUUGCCACCACCGUGCCUCACAUUGCAACCACCGUGACUCACAUUGCCACCACCGUGCCUCACAUUGCUACCACCGUGCCUCACAUUGCCACCACCAUGCCUCACAUUGCCACCACCGUGCCUAACAUUGCCACCACCGUGCCUCGCAUUGCCACCACCAUGCCUCACAUUGCCACCACCGUGCCUCACAUUGCCACCACCGUGCCUCACAUUGCCACCACCGUGCCUCACAUUGCCACCACCGUGCCUCACAUUGCCACCACCGUGCCUCCCAUUGCCACUACCGUGUCUCACAUUGCCACCACCGUGCCAUUGCUGUCACAAGUCACCCCUUGCACUUGGCUGCAGUCCGCCCCUCCACUCCACCCUGUGGGCGCCACUCCCCAUGCCCCCGCGCUGCCCGCUAGUGCUUGUGCUGCUGGAAGAGAGGGACGAAGGGAGGAGCACGGCACACACGGCGACACAAAAACGGCUGGGAAGUUGGAAUAG